AUGAACAAACAGCGAAAGAUGAAAGACACAGAGUUCCUGGCGCACCGACGAUCUGCACCGAUCUUCAGCCUCGCCCUGCUUCGUGCCCCAACCAACCGGCCUCCAAGACAACUCAAGACUCUCCAAGAAUGUCGAACAAACUUAACAACGCUAAUCGGAUGGCAACUGUCUGCGUUCUUGUUUCUGCCGAAAUUUAGAAAGGCUUACGCGCUCAAGGGUCCGGCACGAGCGCGAUCGAUCGAACUGGGCCAUCCACCCUACGUCGCCCUGUCUAACAGUGCUGGAACAAGGAAAGCUUCAAGUGACCCGCUUUAUGUCAUCGACACCGCUCAAGAAAACCGGGAUCACAUGCACCACCGGCGCAAUCAACCGUAA